UCUAACUCUUUUCUCUCCUUUUUUUUGGGAUUACUUUUCAGCAUCUCUAAAUGAGUUCCAAAAGGGCAAUGAAUAUGAAUCUAGCACUCUCCUCUACCUUGCUACUGCUCCUUUUGGUUGGUUUUGCAAGCUCAAACCUAAACCAAGACACAGCAGAAUGCUACAACAAACUCAUUGGUAUAACAUAUUGCCUUCCCUAUGUCAUGGAUCAAGCCAAUGCCCCACCCAAAGAUUGCUGCACUGGCAUCAAAGAGAUUGAUCACAACGGCAAGAGAUGCCUCUGUUUACUCUUCAAAGACGUGCAAUUCAAUGUCCUCCGUGCUCUCAAGUUACAAGGUGCUUGUAAAACACCCGUAAACUUUACUCAGUGUGUUGAUGUUUUGCAAUUGGCACCUAAAUCUCGAGAAGCUAAAGUAUUUGAGGGAUAUGACAAAGGCAUAAGCCUAAACUUUUCCACCCCAGCUCCCUCUCCCAGUCCUAGUGUAGCCACUGUUAAUGCUGGCAAUGGAACAAGCACAAGCACUCAAGAUAAGAACGGUGUGUGGGGAAAGAGAUGGCUGGUAGUGAAGGUGCUAUGUUUUAUUUUUCCAUUUGUUUUCAUCUCUCAUUUCCUCUUCUAGUCAAGAGGUCAAAGAUGUAUUAUGUAUAGGAGGAUGAUGUACCAUGAUACAAGAUUACUCUUUUGCUAUAUAUACGCACAUGGUGGUUGUGAAUGCAAUUCCUUAAAUAUCAUAAAUUUAGAACAAGAUGAAUGUUGUAUUGUCUCUUUCUCUGAUUACUAGUGUGUCCAUCCUCAGUAGUCUGUAUGAUUAAUUUCCCAACUAAUGGAUUAAUUCA